AUGGAACCCGAACCCGGCAGGGCGGACUUUAGCCUCGAGGGACGCCUUUGCUGGGACGACGUCGCGGCACGCAUCCGCGAAAACACCUACGAGAGUCUUAGGCGGCUGGGGCGAUCGGCCGAACGGGCGAAGAUGUACAAGGCCGGCAAGCAGGAGCUCCUGGAGGAAUUUGUGAGCAUUGUGGAUGCCAUCAAAAUCAACAAACUGGGCUUUUCAUACACGUUCACAGAUGGAGGCAAGAAGAUUGCUGCAGAUGCACAACCAAGUGACAGCCAAGUAAUUGCCUUUGCAGAGAAUGACUUUCCCUAUUCUUUAGAAGAUGGCAUUGAGCAUCAUGUCCUGUGGAGCACAGACUCGAUGAGUGAUCAACAAAUAUUGGAGGCAAUAGCACAGCACAGAGACGGGUGGGAAGCCAUCUGGUUUCGCAAUCCUGACGGCCUUUCUUCUGUACCAGGGGUUUGGCACGUCCAUGUGAUCUCUCGGAGGUUGUCCAAGCCUCUAUGA